CGAGCAGAGUAGUUCAUCAUUUCAUAGCGGAUACUUGCGUGCGAUAGACAAGAUGUGUUACGCGGGAAAUGUAACGAUAAAUUUCGAAUUUUAAAAACAAACGAACUGUCAGUCUUGACGUUAAAUUUAAAUAAUUUGACAACUUGACAUUGUUGCUGUUAAUUGCUUGAUUAUUUUCGUGAAUAAAGUGAUGUUUUGUGUGUUGUGAGGUGUUUGAUUUUGAAAAUGUUGUGGUGAAUCGGGCGAUGCUUGUUGGUGAGCAGUCGCCGGCGCCGCGAGUGGUCGCCGGCUUGCGAAAACUGCGUCCCGAGCUGACACCAGGACCAUUUCCAACGCCUGCUGACCCUGACUUCAGGAUAUCAGGCGUCCUCCGCCAAUACUACAAUGAAGACGAGGGAUCGUGGGCGUGGGUGCGUGCGGCGGUGCGCGGCGGCUGCCUACUGGCAUGGCGAGAAGGCACACUGCCCCGCCGCCCCGCGGCUAGGCUUCCUCUCCGGCACCUGCACUUGCGUGCUGCGGCACUGCCUAACGCCUUCCAACUGUCCAGACUGCGCGAUGACGCUCCAGUCGCCACGUUUCAGGCUUGCAACGAAACGGAAUACGCGCGCUGGGUCCGAGCGCUGUGCGUCGAGAUCCUCGGACAAACGCCGCUGCCGCAGGUGCGCUUCCUGGACGUUCUCCCGGCCGCAGACACUGGCCGCGAACCAAAGAAACUCCUUCCCCAGCAGGACACGCCCUCGUGUCCGCCCCGGCCGCCGCCACGAGCCCGGCGGAGGCUGCUGACGUCGGAGACACAGCUGCCGAGACGUGACCACUCUCCGGCGGCCACGGACGAGGGCAUCGUCGUCGAAGACGACGACUACGACUCAUCGUCCGAUCGCAGCCUAGACCUGUCCCUCUCCCUCGACGCACUAAAAUCGAUCGAUGUGAUCGAUGCUCCGGUCAGGAAGUCCAAAAUUAUCAAAUGCGACAACUGCAGCAAACUGAACGCAAGCCAGCAGCACCACACGCUGCCGCGGGCGAGGAACGGCGACUCGGAAAAGAGACGACAUCGAUACCUCAAGCGCUGGGAGGGGACGACGGGGGGCGCGGAGAGAGGCCGAUUCGCGUUGGAGGCGGCGAGGCGCAAAACGGCCUCGUUGGAGAACCGGGCGAGGUCGUGCUCCCCCAAUACCCACGAGGUGGUGUCGCAGUACGUGCCCGUACGGGAGCGGCGCGCGCUCUUUGAAUCGCUGUCGCAGAGCGGCGGCAGCCUGGCACGCAGCAGCGAGCAGCUGUCGCGGCCGUCGGCGGCCACUGCGACACCGCGGCGCGCUGCCUCGUUGCACGACCUGCAGGCGCCACCGACGCGCUCCGUUAGCGACCUGCGACAGUUCUUCGAGGCGGUAGCGCGCGGCGCCGCGUCCUGCGCAGUGCACCAUCAUCCGCCUAAUUCUAUCCAUCGUGGUUUCACUUCCCUAACGUGUGCGUAACUGACCUCAUGUAAAUAUUGUAGAUAUGCUAUGCGCUAACCGCAACCUAUCUCACUAAGUCGUUUGUUUUAAGACUGUUAAAAGUAUUGUUAUAGAUGUACCUAAUAUAA